UUUUCAGUCAUCCAGAAAUGGGGCUGCUGUCAAUUUAUUUCAAACCCAAUUUUUUGGGUUUAUUAAAAUUUUUAAACAGUAUGAAUUGGUAUAUUGUAUUUUUUAGUUUGAUAAAUCUCUCAAUGUGCAUUUAUGAAGAUCAAAUAGGGAAAUUUGAUUGGCGUCAGACUUACGUUGGGCGUAUAAAGUUUUCACAGUUUGAUACAGUUUCAACCGCUAGGAAGCUAAUAGUGGCUACGGAGGAAAAUGUACUAGCUGCCCUGCAUUUGAAGACUGGUGAGUUGGUGUGGAGACAUGUGUUUGAGAGUGCAUCUACAGGAAAUAUACAAUUGUUGCAUGUCUCUGACAAAGUAGUCACGGUGACGGGCUCCAAUCCUUACCUUGUUAGAGGAUGGGAUUCUACUACAGGUAUACUGCUUUGGGAAUGGUCUAUGACACUUCAAGAUGAUGACCGUGCAGACUUCUCCGAGUGGUGGGUGCACCAGGGCCUGUUGGUGCACAUGCUACCGGUAUUCAACUCACAUGUUGAGGUCACAAUGUAUAACUUGAUGACGGGACAAAACCGAGGUGCUUCAUCCAAAUUGCCCGCUGCUUGGGUUAAUGAUGGAUGUGUACUAAGUCCUCCGUACUACAGUUGUAUAUCAGGCAACAUGGGAGCUCAACGCUUACUUUCUAUAGAUGUCACAUCAAAAACAGUGCAGCUUAUAUCCCAACCGUUGUUCGAUUAUCUCAGUUUGGAUGUAUUUGAAGGAAAUCUGAAACCUUUGGAUGGAAAUAGUGUAAUACCCGCUUUUAUUAUCGAUGAUAAGAAAAUUGUAAUUGUUAAGAAUAACAAUUUUGAAGCGUUGAAUGUUAAUAUAGCAGAUGUAACAGCAAGUUUAACUAUAAUUGAUGGACCAAAUGGACUGAUGGUUUUACAAGUUUGGACAGAUGAUCUGGGUUUCAAAUUAUCAGCUCAUAGUUUAAGCACUGGUAAAGAAGUGCCGGAGAUCAAAUGCCUGGACCAUAAUCUCCGCAUCCCAGAGCCGGAGCUGGGAGCUGUAUUCUGCACUAAGACAGGGAAUGACCAAGCCUGCAGGAUAGUUGUUAAUGGCGCUGAUGAUGCUAUACACUUAAUGCAGCAAGGAGGUAGAGUAUUGUGGAGCCGCGAGGAGGCGCUGGCUAACGUGGUGGCCGCGGAGUUCGUGGACCUGCCUGUCUCUGAUACUGACGCUGCUAUAGAAUCAGAAUUUGACCACAAAGAAGGUUCAAUCUGGGCAGCGUUCUCUCGUCGCCUGCACAGCCAGUAUCAGCAGCUGCAGACGCUGCUCGUCAGUUUACAAUCUGACAGGGACGUGGUGCACUCCAGCACUGAGGACCUGGUCCGGGAUUACUUCAACCUGCAUAAAGUUAUAGUGCUGGUGACUGAAGUUGGAAAGAUAUUCGGAAUAGAUAAUUUGUCUGGAGAGAUAUUAUGGCAUCGUUUCGAGAGCUCGUUGGACACGGAGGCGGUGUCAGUGUUCUCGCGGCGCAGCGCGCGGCAUCCGCCGUACGACGCUUACCUCACUAUUGUCGGCAAACAUCAGGAGUCAGGUAACGGAGUGCUGAUCAGCGUGAACCCGAUAACUGGCGAGUUGUUGGGCGAGCGCGUGCUGCAGCUGGGCGGCCGCCUGCUGCAGAGCGCGCUGCUGCAUCGCCCUGACGAGGAGAAGCUGCACGGCCUGGUGGUGCUCUAUGAUGAUGAGUCAGUACAGGUUUUCCCAAAAUCAUCAGAACCACUGGUAGAUGAUAUGUACCUGUAUGUGGCGGAGGCAGAAACUGCUAAAGUACAAGGAUAUGCACUGAAAUACAACGGCAGAACAGCGAUAGCCCAGAAGAUCUGGUCUUUAGAUCUAGGCAGUAAUGGUCAUCGCAUCGUGAGUGUGGCGGCGCGCCGCUCGCAGCGCACGCACUCGCCGGGCCGCGCGCUCUACGACCGCAGCGUGCUCUACAAGUACAACAACCCCAAUCUGGUGCUCUUCAUCACCGAGGGACCUGAUCCUGUACAUAAAGACACACACCCCGCCGGCAUCGAGUCCACCAGCCUCGUGCUUGCUACGGGACUCGAUUUAUAUUAUACGCGAGUGGCGCCAUCUAAGACAUUCGAUCUUCUGAAAGACGACUUCGACUACCACCUGAUCAGCAUCGUGCUGGUGGCGCUGCUGCUCGCCUCCUACACCACCAAGUACUUCGCCUCGCGCAAGACGCUGCGCAUGGCCUGGAAGUGAUCACACAAUCGCAACCGUAUUGCAAAGGGAUAAAGAUCAAAUUUGAACACACAUGCAACAGGUCAAGGGAGUACGCGAGAAGUAAAUAUUAAAGAAAAUAAUCUAUUGAUCUUAUAUGGAUUUAUAGAUAUAUUUUAAUGUUUAAAACGCAAGGACGGCAAUGCAAUAUUCCGCUUUUUUAAAUAUUCUAAUGUAAUUUUAGUGAAAAUUUUAUUAUCUGUAGCAUUUAGUAGAUAGUUUAACUUGAUGUACAAUGUUAAAUUAAAAAAUGCCUUAUAAUUAUACAAAAACGAGCAAUAAAUUGAACACCAAUAGAAUUUUUUAUAUAAAAAUCAGUAUAAUCUUUUUAUAACAAACAGUGUAAGUGUUUU